CAUGAAUCUUGGUCUGCGACACGGCGCCACGAAAGCAUGGAGGGAAGAGGUGUUCAACAACGUGUCAGUAUACGGGAUGCAGCACAGAACCUCCUCUCUGUCUUGCAACCUAUUGUCCAGCAAUUGCCAGAUGAACCUGUGGGAACAUCUCAACCGCAAAGUAACCUAACUGCAGGGCAACAGCCUACAGUUCAUCAGGAAAUGACCAGGUCAUUUCCUGGAUUGUUCCAGAGAGGUCAAAGAGGUAGAAAGAGGCCAUAUGUUGGAGUAAGGCAAAAUGUCUCGGUCUCCAAGACAUGCUCUUUUAUUUUUUACCUGCUUCCAAAGACCAUGAGCCGCACACCACAGCCGUCUGAUGAAGUAUCCUAUUUGAUGUCAGGGCUUGGCCGGAGGAAUGUUUCUAUGUCAGAGGACAGUGACCAUACCCAGAUCACAUCACUUCUAACCCAAGAGUUUCCCAAAAUGGGGAAUUUAACUGGGGGAUGGCUCCUCUACAAAGCCUCAGGAGGCACUGGACAACGCAAGCUAAGCUUGCUUCCACCCGAAGCAGAGGGGUACUCUGCCAGACAGUUAAAAAUUGCUUCUAACAAUGGCAAAAACACACUAUUCAUUAUGCCUCUGCAAGAAGAACUUGAUACAACUCCCCUCCCACAAGAUGACAGUUUCUUUUCAAAAAUGCCGAAAAGUGACUGUAAAAAAUGUGGGUCAAGCAUGCCGGUGCAUGUUCUGCUAGUCCACCUGGAGAAAUGUCAAGGGACACUACAGGACUCUGAAGCAUGUGAUGAGAUCCCAGAGGACAAUGCAACAUGUCCAGUGUGUUCAUGUGUAUUCUCCUCUGCCACAAUUGAAAUGCAUGCCAGCAUGUGUGGUGAGAGAAAAAUCUGAUCAUCAGAAACAUGUGUCACACUCAUGGACUUCCUUCACCACUCUCUGGACAUUUGUGUUUUGGCCACUAGAUGUCGCCCUUGUGGGCUAGCCUCAUGUGAUGUUACCUUUCCUAUUGUGUCCUUGGUUGAUUACUCUCACCUGCACCCUGUUACUCUGGUCAUGUGCCUGCCUUGCCACCCAUUAGCCAUUUUGUAUUUAAGCCAUGUGUUUCAUUCAGUCGUUGCUGAGUCUUCGAGGAGAACACAGUAAGGAACUCUCUCUUGUUUUCACUGGUUUCCUUGUUCUGAAGUACCUAUGCCCUGUUCCGCCUAUGUUUUGCCUUAUGGAGCUUCUGUGCUUUUUGUGGACUGAAAUCACCUUUUGGAUUACCUGUUAAACUUACCUCGUGGAAUAUAUCUGUUUGGAUUUUCUGUGUUUUUUGUGAACUGGAUUUGCCUAUUCUUUUCCUGUUGACCCGCUGUGCUAAGUGGAAUUAUCUGUUUGAGAAACUGAGCUUUUGCCUUGAGUUACUAUUGGAAUAAACCCAUGCACUAAUUUCCUUAGCCUGCUAUUGAGUCGUACCAUUCUCAGCUCCGUAGACUGGUGGGUUGUCCACAGAUUACCACCUGGGAGACCUGGGUUCUAAGAACCAAGUGUAACAACAUGGAUAUUAUCUACAUUUAUAAUCAAUCUUUUACUUCUGUAGGGUAACAUUUUAUUUACAUGUGCUACCAUAAGAGUGACAUGACACUACUUACUGUUUUGGAAAAAGAAACGGGUUUGUGAAUGUCAGAAUUACAUUAAUCAUUGUGUUGUAUUUAUACUACUAGGGACAUCGAUCCAUCAGAUGGCACAGUUGGAGGCCCUAGAAGGUCCAUCCAGAAGUUUCUCAGUAGCAGCACCCACUGAUUCUACUACAGAUGAGUGGCAAGUAGCCUUGGACCCUGCUAAAGCUGCCAUACUGUUCAGAGAGGCUCUUCUCAAAACGCAUGACUCUGGACCUCCACUGUGUUUAAGGAUGGAUUUAAGAGAGAGCCCAGAAGACCAGGACAGGACAAUUGUUGCAUUCUAUAAAGCACACCAAAAAAACUGGGCAGGUCCAUUGAAUUGCAAAUUGGAGGGGGACACUGCUAUUGGAGAGGGGGUGACCCGUUUCUUCUCCAUCUGCAUACAAAAGCUGAGAUCAGGCUUUUCUUUGAACUGUGGAAAUGCCAAUAUCACUCAGCUUUUUGAGGGUGAGCCAGACUACUUGGUUCCUUCGUCAUCACUGCUCGUUGACAGCGACCUUUUCCAGAUGGCUGGAAGGAUGCUGGGACAUAGUUUUCUCCAUGGUGGCCCAGGUUUUGUGGGAAUGAGCCAGGCAAUACUACACGUCCUCCUUGGCGGAAGCCCUGGCGUGGCAACUGUAACCAUAAAGGACUGCCCAGAUGUCGACAUUCGUGAAACAAUCACUUUGCUUGAUGGAACAUCAGAGCUAUCAGAACAAGAGAAAGCGCGUGUUCAGAAUUUGGCCUUUGCAUGGGACCUUCCCAGAGUAACUGAAAAUAACCGAAGAUGGUUAUGUGAAAAAAUGCUUCUUCAUUCUGUCAUUGGACGCACCACCAGACAAGUGAAGCAACUGCGCAAGGGUCUAAAAGAGACUCAUCUCUGGCAUCUCAUGACAGAAAAACCUGAUGUGGUACCCUUAAUUUUUCCAAGGGAGAAGGAUGCCUCAUUGACUUCAGAGGCCAUUCUACGUGUAAUUACCUGGCCCAGUGCUACAGAUGACGACUCUGAAGAUGAAUGUCCAGUCGAAACUACAAGUCGCAUAACAGGAUACCUUCGUGAAUUUAUUGAGAAUGCAUCCAGCAAUGACUGGAAAGAACUGCUGCGUUUUUGGACUGGAUGGGAGGUCUUGCCCCGUGAACUCAUUGUCGCGAUGACUUCAUCAAAGUACCCAAGAGCAGCAACUUGUUUUGAAACACUCUGUCUUCCCACUCAUUACACUGAUUUCAGGCAGUUUCAAAAGGACCUAGAGGCGUGCAUCAAAACAAGCAACACUGGAUUUGGACUCAUAUAACAAGUGACACAGGCAUAAAGUUAUUUUGAUUGACUUUCUACAGUAUAUGCAACCUUUCAUGUAAUUUCAUUCAAUUUUUUAAGGUUUAGGUUCUCUGGAAUGACUGUUUUUGUCUUUGUAGAAGCACUGCCUGUUAAGUGUGUCAACAUCUAAAGUGAAGAAGGGGAAAAAAAAAACAUGAAAAGCACUGUAAAACAUCAGCAUGUUUAUUUAUUUAAGUAACAAAAGUGGACAUUAACAUUGUGGUAACUACAAUAUUUUAACUUGCAAGCAUAUUCUGCACCACUUGCAGAGUUGCCAGGUACUGGUCUGUGCCAAAGGACAAAGAUGGAGCCGUUGGAUUGACCCUUUGUUUCAACUCCUCCAUUUGUGCACUGCUCAAAGGGCAAGCAAUUGAAGGCACAGUAACCCCAGGGUUUGGAUCUGUUCUCAGUCCACUGCUUUCCCAGUCAAGCAGGGGAAUGUUUAACACCUGAAAGUGAUAUUAAAACAAAGUCAUGAUCCCAUGUGAAACACUUGUUCACUAUCUUGGGAUAAAAUGUAUAUUUUAAAAAGGUGCAGUCUUCUUCUCCAAUCUAAAAAAAUCUUUAUGUUGGAAAA